AUUGCUCGCUCGAAUCUUACUCAAAUUCUGAUAUCAAACAGCCCCUUACACUCGCUUAUUCUCCAUUCUGCAUCGGCGUGCUUUGCUUUACGACGGUCUUGGACUCACAGGAAAUCUAGUUCCUUCAUCGCCAUGCCUCAAGGUGAUUACAUUGAGCUUCAUCGGAAGCGCCAUGGCUACCGCCUUGAUCAUUUCGAGCGGAAGAGAAAGAAGGAGGCUAGGGAGGUCCAUGAAAGAGCUGCUUACGCCCAAAAGGCGCUUGGUAUCAAGGGGAAAAUGUUCGCGAAGAAGCGUUAUGCCGAGAAGGCGCUGAUGAAGAAAACUCUUGCUAUGCAUGAUGAGUCAACAACUAGGCGAAAGGUUGAUGAUAAUGUUCAAGACGGGGCCAUUCCCGCCUAUCUUUUGGAUCGUGAUACCACUACCCGCGCAAAAGUUUUGAGCAAUACAAUCAAGCAAAAGAGGAAGGAGAAAGCUGGCAAAUGGGAAGUUCCAUUGCCAAAAGUAAGGCCUGUUGCUGAAGAUGAAAUGUUUAAAGUAUUACGAUCCGGCAAACGGAAAACAAAGCAAUGGAAGAGAAUGGUCACCAAAGCCACCUUUGUCGGCCCUGGUUUCACAAGAAAGCCGCCGAAGUAUGAGCGGUUUAUUCGACCCAGUGGUCUGCGAUUUACCAAAGCUCAUGUGACCCACCCUGAACUGAAAUGUACUUUUAAUCUCGAAAUAAUUGGAGUGAAGAAAAAUCCUAAUGGUCCCAUGUACACCUCAUUGGGUGUCAUGACCAAAGGAACUGUCAUUGAGGUGAAUGUGAGCGAGCUUGGACUAGUCACUCCUGCAGGCAAAGUAGUGUGGGGUAAAUAUGCACAAGUGACCAAUAAUCCAGAGAAUGAUGGUUGCAUCAAUGCUGUUCUUCUUGUCUGAACCAUUUGCUCCCUUUCAUUAGCAAAUUUGGUGAGAGAAAUAGUUUUGAACUCCUAACUCAACAUUAUUCAUUUCAGUUUACUUUUUUUAAGUCUAAUACAGUUUUGAUGCUUAGUUCUCUCUUGCAAUGGAAAUGUGGAAUGAGUUUUUAGUUAUCUCUUCAGCUA